AUGGAGCAAUAUGAUGGCAACAUAUUUCAAAGACAAGCACAACCAAUACCCAAAACCAAUGACAAAGUAGGGAAGCCACCCACAAGGCUACAGAGGCAAGCCCCACGAGCUCUGGAUCUCGAUCAGCUCUCUACCCCUCUUCUGCCUGCUAGUCAGGCCUCUCCUCCUACUCCAAUCCCUCUUCUAUCACCACUCUCUGUAUCUUCUCCGCCGUUGCUAUCGGAGGCAGAAGAAUUUACAUUUCCUGUGAUAUGUGGGGAUAAUGACAAAGGGAGGGAAGAUGAUGUUCACGAUGCAUAUUCAGAGGCAAGAGUUUGGCAACAUCCAGCAGUAGCCAGUGGAUACAUUGAGCCGUCAUCCUUGUUUACUUUCUUCCAAUCUAAAUGCCUUCUCGUUGAUCACGCACAGUCAUGA